UGUAGGCUUGGGGGAGAGAAGACCUCGUUCUGUGCUUUGGGAGAAGAGAGUCGUGUGGUCCUGGUGACCAUAGCGUCCAUAAGAGAGGCAGCCGGUCUGACAGUCUUUCCAUUACCUGCACGACUGUAUUGGUAACGCCGGGGUCUGUCUGCUAUCAGUUAUGCCGCUGCCCGUUGCACUGCAGACCCGCCUGGCCAAGAGAGGCAUCCUCAAACAUCUGGAGCCUGAACCAGAGGAAGAGAUCAUUGCUGAAGAUUAUGAUGAUGAUCCUGUGGACUACGAGGCCACCCGGUUGGAGGGCCUGCCGCCAAGCUGGUACAAGGUGUUCGACCCUUCCUGUGGGCUCCCUUACUACUGGAAUGUGGACACAGACCUUGUAUCCUGGCUCUCCCCACAUGACCCCAACUCCGUCGUUACCAAAUCUGCCAAGAAGCUCAGGAGCAGUAAUGCAGAUGCUGAGGAGAAGUUGGAUCGGGGCCACGAGAAGCCAGACCGGGGCCACGACAAGCCAGACCGGGGCCACGACAAGUCAGAGCGGAGCCAUGACAAGUCAGACCGGAGCCACGACAAGUCUGACAGAGAUCGGGAGCGUGGCUAUGACAAGGUGGAGAGAGAGAGAGAGAGGGACAGGGAACGAGAUCGGGAGCGUGGAUAUGACAAGGCAGAACGGGAAGAAAGCAAAGAACGGCGCCACCAUCGCCGUGAGGAACUGGCUCCCUACCCCAAAAACAAGAAGGUGGCAAGUCGAAAGGACGAAGAGUUAGACCCCAUGGACCCCAGCUCAUACUCAGACGCGCCCCGGGGCACAUGGUCAACAGGACUCCCCAAGCGGAACGAGGCUAAGACUGGUGCUGACACCACAGCAGCUGGGCCCCUUUUCCAGCAACGUCCAUACCCAUCCCCAGGGGCUGUACUCCGGGCCAAUGCCGAGGCAUCCCGAACCAAGCAGCAGGACUGAACCUUCAAAUCAAGCAACAGGGCUGAAGCUUCGCCCUCCCCAGCCCUGGGGUUUUUAAUAAAAACUUUUCUGUGAUCAUGA